AUUUGAGGUUAUGAAACUGUCACUUCCAUGUGUUAUAUCAUUUAAAAUAAAAACUUUGUGACUAUAAUUUGGAACUUUGUAGAGUCACAAAGAAAUGGCUUUACAAAGAAAAAAAAUUAGCGAUAUCCCUUCUGACGCUAUUGUAUUGACUGAGGACCAAGCUUUGAAGUACCAAGCUAAUAUUCUUAAUAAAUGGAAGCACAUCAGUGAUAUUUGGGGUUACAAAUUUGCCCCCUAUGUCCUUGGAGGCACCAGUUUCUUCACGGGAUUUUUCAUCAAUAGUUACUACAGGAGUAAAUUCAAGCUACUCCACUAUGGUAGAAUCUCCACCUUCUUGCCUGUGUGCUUUUUACCAGCAGCUUUCUCAGUGAUGACCCACAUGGAAUUUGUUUUAAAAGAUGUUGUUUUGCAAAAAAGGGACACCUGUCCAGUUUGUUUGGAAAUGAGGGCGUCCGCCCUUCAAGCUUUUAUUGGAUGUGGGUUUCCUCUCCUAUUGGCUCCUUUGGCUAACUUAUCUAUGGCACACAAAUAUGCUACCUAUAACCUUCCUGAUGUUAUUUCUGAACCAAAGAAGGUUUUUAAUUUGGUUAGAGUCAAAUCUGCGCCUCUUGCCAAUGUCGUAUUUGCUCUUUUCAUAGGGCAGGCUCUUGUAGGUUCAGUUGUUACUUAUUUUGAAUCAAAAUCUGUUAUUACAGUAAGCCAGAAAUUGGCCCUUUUAGAAAAGGAGUUGGAGAAUAGCUAGUUUGUACAAUAAAAAGUAGUGGAAUAUUUA